CCCCCGGGAGCUUUAAACCGGUUUAAACCUGUACUGUAUCCGACAUGUGUCUCAAAACCGAGCAUCACUUCCGAUGUAUGUCCUAUGGAAAGAUAAUCGGCGUUCGCGAUCCAUAAUAACGUGAUUAUCGAUCCCUGAUCAGCUAAUAAGAGCGCGUCGCCCGGGCCCGAACGACAACAAGCAACCGGGUGUGGAGGACCGCGGAGGAGCCUGCUGGGAACACCUCCGAUAAAAUCCACUGACGUUGGUUUAAAUGUUCUUCAGGCGAAACCGGGCAACAGAAGAGACAGCCGUUCUGUCUCCGGGGUCCUCGUUGGUACCUUGGUCGCGGACAAACAAAACGCUCUCUGGGUGUGAGUCAUGGAGGUGGCCUAUGUGUGUGAGUGGGAGAAGAGACCCCAGAGCACACAUUGUCCCUCGGUUCCUCUGGUCUGCUCCUGGUCCUGCAGGAACCUAGUGGCCUUCACCAGCGACCUGAAGAACCAAGAAGAUGAGAAGGACGUCAGCCACAUGAUCCACAUCAUAGACACCGACCAUCCCUGGGACGUCUACUCUAUUAACUCAGGGCAUGCUGAGGUCAUUUCCUGUCUGGAGUGGGACCGGUCAGGCUCCAGGCUGCUGUCUGCGGACGGAGAUGGGACCAUUAAGUGCUGGGCGAUGGCGGACCACCUGGUGAGCUCGUGGGAGUCGUCCCUGGGCAGCGCUCUGGCCGGGGAGCCCAUCGUGGCCCUCUCCUGGCUGCACAACGGGGUGAAGCUGGCCCUGCACGUGGAGAUGUCCGGCUCCACCAACUUCGGGGAGAAGUUCUCCCGGGUGAAGUUCUCCCCGUCGCUGACGCUGUUCGGGGGUAAGCCGAUGGAGGGCUGGCUGGCGGUCAGCAUCAGCGGUCUGGUGACGGUGUCCUUGCUGAAGCCCAACGGGACGCUGCUCACCUCCAGCGAGAGCCUGUGCCGCCUGCGGGGCCGCGUGGCACUGGCCGACAUCGCCUUCACCGGGGGCGGGAACAUCGUGGUGGCGGCGACAGAUGGCUGCAGCUCCUCCCCGGUCCAGUUCUACAAGGUGGUGGUUACCAUGGUGAAUGAGAAGUGUCGCAUCGACACAGAGCUGCUGCCGUCUCUCUUCAUGCGCUGCACGACGGACGCGGUCCGCAGGGAGAAGUACCCCACGGUCACACACCUCAGGUUCCUGACCCGAGAGAACUCUGAGCAGGUGCUGCUGUGUGCUUCCUGUCAGGGCGGGAGUAUCGUGGAAUGUUGGUCUCUACGGAAGGAGGGACUUCCUGUCAACAACAUCUUCCAACAUCGCUCCCCCGUCGUGGGGGAGAAGCAGCCCACCAUCCUGAAGUGGCGGAUCCUGUCGGCCACCAACGACCUGGAGCGCGUCUCGGCCGUGGCGCUGCCCAAGCUGCCCAUCAGCAUCUCCAACACGGACCUGAAGGUGGCCUCCGACACCAAGUUCUGCCCCGGCCUCGGUCUGGCGCUGUCCUUCCACGACGGGAGCCUCCAGAUCCUGCACCGGCUGUCCCUGCACACCAUGGGCGUGUUCUACGGCCCUGGGGGAGCGGCCCGGCCUGGGGACGACUCCGCCGUGAAGCGCCAGCGGACCGGGGCCCCCCCGCUGCACUUCAAGGCCCUCCAGUUCUCCUGGACCUCCCUGGCACUGGCCGGGGUGGACAACCAGGGCAAGCUGCACAUGCUCCGAGUGUCCCCCUCCAUGGGCCAGCUGCUGGACAUGAACACCACGCUGCGCCACCUGCUGUUCCUGCUGGAGUACUGCAUGGUGACGGGCUACGACUGGUGGGACGUCCUGCUGCACGUGCAGCCGGCCAUGGUCCACAGCCUGGUGGAGAAGCUGCACGAGGAGUACAUGAGACAGAACCACGCGCUGCAGCAGGUCCUGGCCACGCGCAUCGUGGCGGUGAAGGCGUCUCUGUGUAAGCUGUCGUCGGCCACCGCCGCCCGGGCCUGUGACUUCCACGCCAAGCUGCUGCUGAUGGCCAUCAGCUCCACCUUCAAGUCCCUACUGCGGCCACACACCCUGCACAGCCCCGACAAGAGCCCUGGAGACCGGCUGGCCGAGAUCUGCUCCAAGAACACCGACGUCGAUAUUGAUAAGGUGAUGCUGAACCUGAAGACGGAGGAGUUUGUUCUUGACGGAACUCCUCUCCAGUCGCUCCAGCAGCUCAUCCAGUGGGUUGGAGACUUCGUCCUUUACCUGCUGGCCAACCUGCCCAACCAGGGUUCGAUAGUGCGUCCGGGCUUCGGGUUCCUGCGGGACGGAUCGUCUCUGGGGAUGCUCCGGGAGAUGAUGGUGAUGAUCAGGAUCUGGGGCCUUCUGAAGCCCGGCUGUCUGCCCGUCUACACGGCCACGUCCGACAGCCAGGACAGCAUGUUCCUGCUGUUCCGCCUCCUCAGCCGCCUCUGGCUCUGCUCCCGUGACGACGGCCCCCCCCAGGAGCCGGACGAGGGGCUGGUUGACGAGUGCUGCCUGCUGCCCAGCCAGCUACUGGUUCCCAGUAUGGACUGGUUACCAGUCAACGACGGGGUCAUCGUAAGGCUGCAGGGCAAGCUGCCGCUGCGCCUCACCUUCGGGAAGAGCUGGUCCCUGGCCGGGGGGCUAGACAGGGGUCAGGGGGUCCAGUGGAUGGAUAACCUGCGCUGUCUCCACCUGGGGGUCUGCCCUACGGAGGACAGCAAGGCGUGCACCAGGUGCGGCUGUGUGACGAUGCUCCGCUCGCCCAACAAGACCAACGCCAUGAAGCAGUGGGAGCAGCGCUGGAUAAAGAACUGUCUGUGUGGAGGACUGUGGAGAAGGAUCCCCCCCAACCUGACCUGAGCACACCUGGACCAAGACACACCUACACCUGGACACACCUACACCUGGACACACCUAGACCUGGACACACCUACACCUGGACACACCUACACCUGGACACACCUACACCUGGACACACCUACACCUGGACACACCUAGCUACACCUGGACACACCUAGCUACACCUGGACACACCUAGCUACACCUGGACCCAUCUAGCUACACCUGGACACACCUAGCUACACCUGGACACAUCUAGCUACACCUGGACACACCUACACUUGGACACACCUAGCUACACCUGGACCCAUCUAGCUACACCUGGACACACCUAGCUACACCUGGACACACUUAGCUACACCUGGACACAUCUAGCUACACCUGGACACAAUUAGCUACACUUGGACACAUCUAGCUACACCUGGACACACCUUGCUACACCUAGACACAUCUAGCUGCACCUGGACACACCUACACCUGGACACACCUAUACCUGGACACAUCUAGCUACACCUGGACACACCUAGCUACACCUGGACACACCUAGCUACACCUGGACACACCUACACCUGGACACACCUAGCUACACCUGGACACAGCUACACCUGGACACACCCAGCAACACCAGGGCUAACCUAGCAACACCAGGGCUAACCUAGCAACACCAGGGCUAACCUAGCAACACCAGGGCUAACCUAACAACACCAGGGCUAACCUAGCAACACCAGGGCUAACCUAGGAACACCUGGACAUGAGGUGGAGAGAAUGCUGUUUGUUUAUGUAAAUAUUACUGUUAACCAAUAUUUUUCAUAUUAAUUUCUGCCUUUUUGUAUUUUUAUUAAAGUGAAUAAGAAAGACUGUUUAUUCAUAUUUUAGUAAACCUCUCUGAUUAACAAGUAAAAAUUGGUUCCUAUCUUCUACUUGUACAGCUGCGUUGUUGCAAAUAUAUCCUAA